AUGAAUAAAGUUAAUGAAAAGAGGAAGGAAGUCUUCAAUAAGACAGUAAAGGUUUUAAAACAGUUUUUCGCUCAGUAUGGAUCAUCAUUAAUGGUUAGUGUUGCCUAUAUGGAUCCUGGUAAUUAUGCUACUGGUAUUACGGCAGGAGCAUCAAAUAAAUUUAGUCUUCUUUUCAUUGUGUUUAUUUCGAAUGUUAUUGCCAUUUUUUUACAAAGUUUAUGUAUUAAAUUAGGUACAGUUACUGGGUAUGAUUUAGCUCGUUGUCUGAGAGAAUACUUCCCUAGAUGGUUAAAUAUUAUAUUAUGGUUCUUAGCAGAAUGUGCUAUUAUUGCUACGGAUGUUGCAGAAGUUAUUGGCUCUGCCAUUGCUUUGAAUGUUUUAUUAAAAAUCCCUUUACCUGCUGGGGUUGCAAUUACUAUUGUUGAUGUUUUAUUUGUUUUAAUGGCUUAUAGAAAUGAUACUUCUCUGACUAGAUUAAUAAGAAUUUUUGAAUAUAUUGUUGGUGCUUUGGUAUUAGCAGUAACAAUUUGUUUUGCAGUUGAAUUAUCGGCAAUUCCUGGGGAUUCAAAUACUAUUAGAGAAGUUUUCCUUGGAUUUUUACCAAAUGAUCAAAUGUUCAAAGGUAAAGGUAUGACCAUUGCUACUUCAAUUAUUGGUUCCACUGUUAUGAUCCAUUCAUUAUUUUUAGGGAGUGGAUUGGUUCAACCUCGUUUAAGAGAAUAUGAUGUUACUCAUGGAUUAAUCAAAUUAAAUGAUAUUGUUGAUAAAUAUGAUGAUGAAAAAAAAGAUUCGAAUGAAAAAGAAGCUGAUUUUUUUUAUAAACAUUAUAAACCAUCAUAUCAAUCAAUUAAUCAUUUACUUAAAUAUUCAAUUGCUGAAUUAGUUAUUACCUUAUUUACUUUUGCUCUUUUCGUUAAUUCAGCAAUUUUAAUUGUAGCUGGUGCUACUUUAUAUGGAACUGAAGAAGCAAUUGAUGCUGAUUUAUAUACUAUUCAUGAUUUACUUUCAAGAAAUUUAGCUCCGGCAAUUGGUACUGUUUUCAUGUUGGCUUUAUUAUUUAGUGGUCAAAGUGCUGGUAUUGUUUGUACGAUUGCUGGUCAAAUGGUUAGUGAAGGUCAUAUUAAUUGGACUUUAAAACCUUGGAUUCGUCGUUUAGUAACUCGAGGUAUUUCCAUCGUUCCUUGUUUGGUUAUUUCGCUUUGUAUUGGUCGUGGUGGGUUAAAUGCUGCUUUGAAUAUUUCUCAAGUGGUUAUUUCAAUCUUAUUACCUCCUUUAACCCUUCCUCUUAUCUACUUCACUUGUAAGAAAUCAAUCAUGAGAAUUGAAAUCCCUCAAGAAUUACAACCAGAAAGAGAAGCUGAAGAUUCAGAUGGUGCUGAGGGUAAAAAAUACAAAUACAUGCAUAACAAUUGGCUCACUAGUAUCUUGGUUAUAGUAAUCUGGUUAUUUGUAUCAGUAUUAAAUGUCUAUGCAAUUGUUCAAAUGGCAAUGGAUGGGGUUGAUUAA